UGAAAAAGACCCUCCCAUUUGUUGAACAAAUUGGCGAUCUGAGCCCGCCGAUCUCCGGCGAUGAUGUCACACGAAGGAAGGAGUAAACGCAUGCGUUAAUAUCGUGAACCGCGACCAGGCAAAGAGGCAAAGAGGUGCGUACAGUUGAGCAAGUGUGUGAAAAAUGAUCGUAUAAGACGGUUGUAUAAGAACUGGUGCGACAAACCGAUGUUAAUCUAUGUAAUAUAUGAAUUGACGAGAUGGUGUAGCACGAAAAAAUAUCAUAAAAAAACUACGCUGCAUUUGCGAGCAAUCGAUUCUUCGAAAAAAGAAUAUCGCUGAUUUAACUCUUCAAGAACAGUGGAUAUCCUGCUCGUAUCCUCUUGCAAUAAAGUGCAGGCUACUGAUAAGGGAAACUAUACCCGAUUUUUCGUGGUAAUUGUGUGUAAUAAUUGUGUGCUAUAAAAAAAUGUGUCAUAAACUUUUGCGUAACUGUGAUAAACUAUCGCGUUCUGACUAUUUUAUUCUCCAUUAUAAGUCUAUAGUGUGAUUAAUACAUGAGAAAUUAAACGAUAUGAUAUAACCAAACACAAUGACUUCCUGUGAUCAAUUAGCAGAAGACAAACACGAUUACGUGGGUCUUGAUUGUUACCAGAUGAUGUGCCAGUUAAAGCUUGCAUAUACAAGUUUACAAAUCGAAUAUUUUCUACCAGAACGAAGUAAAAUAUUGUAAAACUUAAUAUUUUAAUUUAUACGAUUUCCUGCACUUGCUGCAAUUUUUAUUAGAGCAUUUAAAAGAACACUCGGUAUAGUUGGUGGAUAACAAUGGCCGUAGCUAAUUUCAAAGGAAUGAUUAAAGAUAGAAUUCCUAUUUUGAAAUGGUUGCCGCAGUAUAAAUUAAAGGAUGCAUUGAGUGAUCUUGUUGCAGGCUUCACCGUAGGAUUGACAUUGAUACCUCAAGCGAUAGCUUAUGCAGGUUUAGCGGGCUUGGAGCCACAAUACGGGCUCUAUAGCGCGUUCGCGGGAAGUUUUGUCUACAUCUUUUUUGGCACAUGUCGAGAAGUCAAUAUCGGUCCGACAGCACUCAUAUCAUUACUGACUUGGACAUAUGCGAGUGGAAUUCCUGAGUAUGCGGCCUUGCUUUGCUUCUUGUCCGGAUGUAUCACAAUAUUACUCGGCGUUCUACGCUUAGGAUUUUUAAUCGAGUUUAUAUCGAUACCGGUGGUGUCCGGGUUUACAUCAGCCGCGAGCGUCAUCAUCGCUUGCAGUCAAAUAAAGAAUUUGCUAGGUCUGAAUAUUCACGGCGAGAAGUUCGUUGAAAUUUGGGUGGAAUUGGCACAUCACAUCACUGACACGAAAAUACCAGAUUUGAUUUUAUCAUGCUGCUGCAUCCUAUUUUUACUGGUCCUGAAGUAUUUGAAAGAUAGAGAAGUCGCUAGUACCACGCUGAGAAAAUUCCUCUGGACGAUCGGUACAGCUAGGAAUGCUUUCGUAGUUGUCCUUUGCGCAAUUGCAUCUUACAUUUUUGAAAUGAACGGCGGAGCACCGUAUGUCCUUACGGGUCACAUCGAUGCCGGUCUCCCGAUUGUCGAACCACCUCCGUUUUCAAGAACAAUUAACAACACAACUGAGAGCUUCAUCGACAUGACGAAGAAUCUCAAAUUUGGCAUCUUGGUUGUGCCACUCAUCUCUAUUAUCGGAAACGUCGCCAUCGCAAAGGCCUUUUCACAAGGCAUGCCUUUAGACGCCACGCAGGAAAUGCUGACUCUCGGACUGUGUAACGUGGUCGGUUCAUUCUUUCAGUCGAUGCCCGUUACAGGAUCUUUCUCGAGAAGCGCAGUGAAUAAUGCUUCUGGUGUUAGAACACCUUUAGGUGGCAUCUAUACAGGUAUUCUAGUCAUACUUGCGUUAAGUUUACUGACACCGUAUUUUUACUACAUUCCGAAGGCGACAUUGAGUUCUGUCAUAAUUAGCGCGGUGAUAUUUAUGGUAGAAAUUGGUAUAAUACUUCCAAUCUGGAAGUGCAAUAGACGUGAUUUAAUACCGACGUUUAUCACAUUCCUCGCUUGUUUAUUCAUCGGAGUCGAGAUAGGAAUUUUGAUAGGUACGAUAUUUGAUCUGGCUAUAUUGAUAUAUCUCAAUGCGCGGCCGACGAUAAAUAUUGAACACAGAAAACUCUCGACAACUGAUUACAUUUUAGUCCGUCCUACCACUGGAAUUUUAUUCCCUGCAGUAGAUCAUUUGAGAAUGUAUCUAACGAAAAAUCCUAGUAUGAAUGUCGUAUUGGAUUGUGAACAUAUUGACAAAAUAGACUUCACUGCCGCACAGAGUAUCAAUAUGAUGAUAAAGGACUUCAGGAAAAACAAUGGCCAAUUAAUAAUGCUACGACCAAAUCUUGAUGUUUUAACAAGGAUACAAUCCCUGUCUGAUAAGCAAAUCUUGAUAGCGAGAAACGAAAUCGAUUUAAUUGCAAUUUUAGGAGAAUCCAAAAGUGUAACACUGGAUGAUAUAAUUGUCUCUAAAACGGAUGAACGAGCCUCUACAUGGCUGUGACAUGCAUAAUAAAUAAUAUAACGUAAUAAUUAUACAUAUAUGGAAUUUUUUAUAAUUCUCAUAUAUGCAACUUUCAGAGGAAGCAAAUAAUAUUAAAAAUUGAUCGAUAUUUAUUUAGCAUAUUAUAAUAAAACUUUUGAGUCGA